AAACUUUCGACGCAAAUCUUAAACCAGUGCAAAGAUAAAUUUCUUGGUUAUGAGGGAGUUGGGGUUGUCACUGUUAAUUGAGCCUCAAAGCGAUUAGAGUGGAAAUGUUUGGUUAAUAUCUCCCGAAAGGUCAACUAGAUCCCACGACUUCUUUCGUCCAAAUAUAAUUGAGCAGCUGCCAGUCUCAGGAAUCUGAAACUAACUACUCGUAAAUUCUUUGAUUUCCCUGAGAUUAUGUUCGAUACUGGGCCUGCGAUCGAUCUAUCAAGCCUCACAAACCUUUCUAGCCUCACUCUUAGCCCAGAACUCAUAUUUGGGCACAUCGUAACUGCGGCGCAGUGUCCAUGGGCUGAGAAGGUUUGGAAAGUGCUGCCUCCACGGCUAGAGUCGCUGCACAUGGAUUUUUAUACUCAAGGCAUAUUUUGGACGGUGGACGAGCUACUGUCGUUCUACGAGCCUCAGAGUUUUGAUAGUUUUUGGGAGGAGAGGAUCGAAUGGCACGGGAUCGACUUCUUACUUGGUCUUGUCCAUCCAAAUCGUGGUAGAACAGCCCCGCCGCUGGCCAUCACGCUCUAUGAGAGGCCAGAAAAUACGAAAGAUGAAUUUGUUGAAAUUGAUUAUAUUCAUAAGCACGUUGUCCAAUGGAAUAUGCCUGCUCAGUUGAACAAUGCGGCGAGAAUGGCGGGCGCGAAUCUGAAAAUUAGGUUGGGUGUACCUUUCUAUUACAAGCAUCCGGAUUUCGAGAAGUUGACAAUAAAGGGGGACUGGGAAGGGUCGCUGAGGAUACAUGAAGGUGAUGAGGAAGAAUGGAUUUAUUACAAUUGAUGCUAUUUAUAGAAGUAGCAUCAUGACCCCGUAAACGUGCUUCCUGUGGCUAAGACAAUAGAUGAGCAUUGGCGUCUAAUAAAGGAUAACACGUGGAUAGCUUCUAGG